UUCAUUUUCUUACACACCACAAAAUUAUACACCGUGUGCCGACCACCUCUCCUCUCUCACUAUACAUAUGAUUCUCUGAAUUCCCAAAGAAUCAUAUUCUCAUCAUCCUCCUACCCAAUAAUCUCUUCCACUUCCAUAGCCACCAUCCCAAACCUUACACUAUAAAACCAGCUCAAAACCCACACAAAGCUCUGUAUGUUCUUCUAUAACAUUUUCAUGUACCCAUCUUAUUAGACACAAACCCAAUUCAGAAAAUCGUUUUUAACACUGACCCAUUUGUCCAAAAUCUUUAAUUUCGGGUCCUUCUUCUUGUUGAGACCAAACUAAGCAUGAGAAAGAACAGAGGUUUCAGGCUAAGACACAAGCUAGUGAGAAUCUUCAAAUGGAUUAUCCGACCCAGAAAAGACCCGAACCGGUGCCAGAGACUGGAGCCUCCGACCCAAAACUACAACCCCAUUUCCAAAUUCUUCACCUUGGCUCGGUUUCUUCGGCGUGGAGCAAAGCAGCUCUGUUCCGCAAACUCGGGUUAUAUUCGGAUCCGUGAAGCCCCGGUUGAAACCAAAGUUGCAAAACCGGUUUCUGUACCGAAAGGGCAUCUGGCUGUGUACGUGGGCGAAUCAGGUGAUGACACGCAGAGGUAUUUAGUGCCUGUGAUGUACUUUAAUCACCCGCUGUUCGGGGACCUGUUGAAGGAGGCUGAGAAGGUUUAUGGGUUCAAUCAUCCGGGUCGGAUCGUUAUACCAUGUGAGGUUUCGGAGUUUGAGAAGGUGCAGAUGAAGAUUGCCGCAGGGGAUCAAUGCCCGAGGCCAAGAAGGAAAAGCCGUCGCUAGUGCGGGUGGCAAUUUCGGUAAAUGCCACGAUGGUCCAAAUUCAUGACAAUGAUUUUGAUUUUUUUUUUUUCCUUUUCUUUUUCUCUUUCAAGGAAGUAGAGGGUUAAAUUUUACCCUAAUACUAAAUAUUGUUUCCCACUAAAUACUGUGAAUAUUGAAGUCGUCUACCCUUUUUCAGGGGUUUUCUAA